CCGAGUGAAGGAUCCAGGGGAAGUUAUGGCUUCUUGGUAAUCUCGAUCACCGUCGUGCGAGCGAAUACGGGCGCCUGGCCAUAGCCUACCAAGUAUGGAGUAUCGAGUAUGGCUAUGGUGAUUUUGGCUCCAGUCUGGGCAGGCUGCCAAAACAUAUAAAACAAGCCGAUGAUGUCGAUCCCAUCGCAAAAAUUUUAGAAGCCAGUCUCGCCAGCAAGCCCUUCGCCAAUCAUUGAUUCCCCAGCUUCGACUGCUCGACUUCUCGUCUUAGGUGCCUAGUCAUCUGUUAGUUUUGUAUACCUACCAAACCGCGAUGGCUUGGGUAGCAAAGACGGCAUGUGCCGUCGUGGCUUUGGCUGCUAUUGCGCAGACCACACCUUUGGAUAAUCAUAUUCAAGCUCGCCGUCUAUUAGGUUCUUCUUUCGGUAUGCCAGGCGACGACGCUACCUAUGACUAUGUUGUCGUCGGGGGUGGAAACGCCGGUUUAGCUCUUGCCACGCGCCUCGUCGAACAGAAGGCCGGUACGGUUGCAGUUAUCGAAGCUGGGUCAUUUUUUGAGAUCGACAAUAGCAACCUCAGUCAAGUACCAGCUCAAGCUGGUGCUUUUGCUGGAAAGGGUGAUCAUGACUGGCAGCCUUUGAUCGACUGGGGCUACAUGACAGCUCCUCAAGCUGGUGCAAAUAAUGAUUCGAUCCAUUAUGCGCGUGGCAAAGGACUCGGUGGUUGCUCAUCUAGAAACUAUAUGGUGUACCAGAGAGGAACCAAGUCAUCCUAUAGCAUGUGGGCCGAUCAAGUGGGAGAUGAUAGUUACCAGUGGGACAAUUUCUCGCCGUACUUCCAGAAGAGCGUUAACUUCACCGGCCCGAACAUGGAACUGAGGUCUUCCAACUCGACACCUGAGUAUGAUAUAAACGCUUUCAGCACUAGCGACGGACCACUUUCUGUGACCUUCGCCAACUAUGCGCAAGCCUUUGGAACUUGGGCCCAAAAGGGUCUCGAGCAGAUCGGUCUCUCCGUGAUUCCCGGUUUCCAAAGCGGUUCUCUCCUCGGCCAAUCAUACAGCAUGUUCACCAUCAACCCACAAACCGGAGUCAGAGACUCAUCAGAAACAUCUUUCCUUCAGAAGGCACUUAAUUAUCCCGAAUACACAGUAUAUCAGUCAGCAAUGGCAAAGAAGAUUGUUUUCGACGGAACUAAGGCGACAGGCGUACUAGUUGACACAGAAGGUUUCGAAUAUACUAUAUCCGCCAGGAAAGAAGUCAUCCUUUCGGCCGGUGUGUUCGGUUCGCCUCAACUACUGCAAGCUUCCGGAGUUGGCCCCGAAGAUCUCCUUAAAGAGCUAGGCAUUCCAGUUGUAGCUAACCGACCGGGCGUUGGCGAGAACAUGCAAGACCACCUCUACUUUGGCGUUACUCACGCGGUUAAUGCUCCCACAAUUUCCAGUCUAUCCAACCCGGCUUUCGCUGCUGCCGCCGCCGCCGAGUUCAACGAACGCGGAGGCGGCAUGUACUCUAACCCCACGACCGACACUUUCGGAUGGGAAAAGGUCCCCGAGCCUCUCCGCUCCGGAAUUUCUAACAGCACCCUGGGCGUAUUGAACAGCUACCCUGAAGACUGGCCUGAGCUCGAAUAUGUUUCCCUUGGUGCUUAUAUUGGCGACCAAGAAGACUCGCGACACGGUUCCCCCACCGAUGGCCGCAACUAUGCUUCAAUGGUCGUCGUGCUCAUCACGCCGCAGUCCCGAGGUACCGUUAAGAUCACUUCGCCUGAUACUAGCGUCCAGCCGGAAAUCAACCCGAACUUCCUUGUCAACCGCGCAGAUCAGGAGGUAGUAAUCGCAGGAUUCAAGCGCGCCCGUGAAUUCUGGAACACAGACGCCAUGUCCAACUUUUCUAUCGCCGACGAGGUUUACCCUGGUCUCGACGUCAAGACAGACAGCCAGAUCCUAGAAGUUAUUAAGAAGAGUUAUAACACUAUCUAUCACGGCGCGUGUACUUGCGCCAUGGGUCCCGAGGACAACGAGAUGUCGGUCGUAGAUAAUACGGCAAAGGUUAUCGGUGUUCAAAACUUGCGAGUUGUCGAUGCAUCCGCUUUCCCUCUUCUGCCUCCCGGUCACCCGAUGGCAACCAUCUAUGCCCUCGCUGAAAAGAUCGCUUGUGACAUAUCAGGCAACUGCUAAUAGCAACAACAUUACAACCUAAUACUUAGGACAACUGUAUUACUACAACUUCAUUUGUGUUCAAAUUUACUUCGCUGUAUAUCUAGAUAGAUAUUUGUUAGAUAUUUUAGACUUAGAAUGUUCACACGUUCAAAGAAAUUGAGGAAGCUUUAAG